UCUUUACAUUGCCAAAUGAAAAUAGAUUGAAGAAAAAUAUUGUUGUCGGAGUAAACGCCUUCAGCUAAUUAAUAAAGGUUCGCGAAAACUAACAACUUGAAACCUUCAAGAUUCCAUCUCCCAUUGGCCCAAGACUGAAAACAAUAAUAUUUUUUUCCUUCAAAGGAUGGAUGAGAGGAUAAACACGCGAUUAUUUUAGCCUAAGACCGAUUUUUUAAGAGGUUCGCAUCAGUCGAGAAAGCUCAAUUGAGAACCGUGAAUUCGUCUCAAAGCAACGAAAAGAACUUCAUGCUUUUCAAACCUGACACAAUUUCCAAUGGCAACAGUAUCCACGAAUAGAUGAAAUCCAAUUUUGAUUAUUUUUUCGAUCUUUUCUACUGUUGAUAUAUCUAAAGAGAGAUGACUAUAAGGCGAAUUCGUUUAUCAAGGCUUCUGAAAUUAGUUCCCUUGCUGCUAUGCUUGUUCGCACUCUAUUUAAUUGGUUCGUACAUUGCGGGCUCAUCGAAUCAACCAGUCUUUAGAGACGAAUUUCAACAAAUUGAUCAGGAAGAACACCAUCUUAAUGAAUUUUAUACUGAUCCAGAAAAGAACGCUAUGAAGUUUCAAGAGCGUUCAAGCACAGCCAAGAAAAAUCUUAUUAUCGUGUCGCAUGGCCGAUCGGGUUCCACGCUGAUGGGAGAUAUUUUCAACCACCACCCUUCAGUGUUUUAUAUGUAUGAACCUCUACAAACUGUCGAACGAGUCAGUCCGGCAACGCUGGGAACGAGCAAGAAUUACAAUGAACGCGCGAUGGAGUUUUUAACAGGCAUAUUUCGCUGCAGCUUCGAUUCACCGCAGAUGUUGGCUGAUAUCGAGAAGUUUUACCGUAAACCGGCCCAUCCUCGAGUAAGUCACGCCAUAGCCUCGCCGCCAUUAUGCCCCUAUCUGACGACAGAUCUAAGAUGGGAUCCAUCACUUUGUGCUCCGAUGACCAGUGAAUCUUUGGGAAGUGCUUGUAAGGAACAUUAUGACUUAACCGUUAUAAAAGUUCUCAUUCCUCGUAUUCCCGAGAACAGCAUCAAAAGUAUUUUAGCGUCUUGUAUGCCAGAGGAUGUUGACUGUAAAGUUAUCUUGCUCGUAAGAGAUCCCCGGGCAGUGAUCGCUUCAGCCCUUAGCGUGGGAUUCUUCACAGAGCAAAAAGGUGAUUCUAAAGUGGGAACGCGGCGCUUCAGUUACUUGAACUGUAAGGAAACUGAGCAUAACUUAGACUUUGUCAGGAAACUGCCGGAAUCGUUACGAAAUCGGAUCAAAUUUCAACGCUACGAAGACUUGGCGCUGAACCCGUUGAAAGAGCUGUCUGGUCUCUACAAUUUUGCUGGGUUAUCUGUACCGGAGAGCGUGCGAACGUGGUUAAACGAGACCACUCGACAGAGCAGGGGGGCUUGUAAUCAAAAGGAAGACGGAGAACAAGCGACUUGCACCAAAGAUGACGCAUGGGCAGCGGCCAAUCGCUGGAGAUGGAAGGUACAUCCGCAUGAAAUUGACCUCAUUGAGCAUUAUUGUCGACAUGUGAUGGCGUUAAUGGGUUAUAAACCUGUCGACAGAUCCUACGAACUACUGGCAAACGUAGAAACUCCGCUUUUUAGCGAUGAUUAUGAAGCAAAACAUUGGUUUUUACAUUAACAGCAGCCUACCUUGUGGCACAGAGCAGCGUGCUCGCUGCGAUACGGAAAGUAACUCAGCUGAACUGAGAUUAGGCCAUUUAUUUUUAGUAUUUUGGAUCUUGAUCACUUGAUUGACGAGAGUAUUUUAAAUAAGAGCAGUUUACAGCUUAUUUUGAUUUGCGGACUGUCACAAACGGAGAAACACACUCAGACAUGUAGAGUUCUUCCCAGUUUCCACCACCAGUUAAAAAAAGUUGCGGAGUCAUGGGCAGAAACAUAGAAGGGCACGUGGCAUUUAGCUUUGUUUAUGAUCCAACGCGACCAAUAAAUCAAAUUCCUCUGA